AUGAGGGAACUGCUCUUAAGGUUAUCAGAGUCUGGAGAGCCAAUUGUUAGUUGUUCGUACGGGAAAGGUGUUUUGACAUUACCAUCGUUGCCGCCAUGCAAAGAUCAGAAGAAUUCUGAUCCUUCUUUUAGAGUGUAUCUUGUGAUAGCGGGAGGUUCCCCUGUGACACGUGACGGCUUAGUGUGGACAAACUGUCCCCCGACUUCCGACACUCCAUUUGCUCGCGACAAGUUUUACAAAAAAAGAAUCAAUGCGAGUUUCCAGCGGGAUGACCACGUCGCGCUGGACAUUUUUGCGCCCGGUUCUUACUGUUUCUAUCUGUCCUACUGCAACGACAACGAUGAGCUAGAGACCACCCGCCGAUUUUAUUUUGUCGUGCCUCCCACGCUAACAAUCGGCGACCGGUUUUUGCAAUUGAACGCUAUUGCGAUGGAGACUGUUGUUUCCAAGUGGAUGGGGAAGGAUUGGGAUCGUGUGUUUGAAAAAGUCGCCUCAAAGGGUUACAAUAUGGUGCAUUUCACUCCGUUGCAACAGCGCGGGUCGUCGAAUUCUCCAUAUUCCAUAUACGAUCAGCUCCAGUUCGAUACACAUUUUUUCAAAAAGCCCGAAGACGUGGGACAGAUGAUCGAGCGACUGCAUGAGAAGUUCAAAAUGCUAGCUCUGACCGAUGUCGUGUUCAACCAUACAGCCGACAAUUCCCCUUGGCUUCGUGAUCAUCCAGAAGCCGGCUACAAUCAUAAAACUGCACCUCAUCUAACGGCUGCUAUAGAGCUCGAUCAGGCGCUGCUGGACUUUAGCAGCAAAAUGAAACAAUUAGGUUAUCCAACGACUCUUCGCAGCACACAAGAUCUUAUCCGGGUGAUGGAGGGAGUCAAGGUUCAUGUUUUGGGGUCCUUGCGACUCUGGGAGUAUUAUGUCGUAGAUGUGGAAGCUGCUCUGGCCGCUGUUGAAAGUCAUUGGGAGUCAGCUUCACAUGAGGAGAUUGAUGUUCCGCAAGAAAUUAAGGAAAAUCCAGUACAGCUCGCCAGUUUUGUUCGUGAAAAGACAGGCGAGGAAGGCUUUGGAACUCUGGGAGACAGAUUUUCUAAUAAGCUUCAAAUUUCGAAGUUCAUUAGCAUCCUCAAAUCAGUGUAUGGCUUAAACUUUGACAAAGAUAUGUCUAGCCAAGUUGAAACAAUUUUGAACGAGAUAAAUUUACCUUUAUAUCGCGAAUAUGACGAGGACGUUAGAGAAAUUCUUGAACAACUUUACAAUCGGAUCAAGUAUCUUCGCAUUGAUGAGCACGGCCCAAGUUUGGGCGAGGUCAACAACGAUUCGCCUUUAACGGAGCCAUAUUUCACUAGAUUUAAGGCAAAGGAUGGCGAGGCGUAUGCGCUGGCAAACAAUGGCUGGAUAUGGAAUGGGAAUCCCUUGGUAGAUUUUGCAUCUUCAAAAUCUAGGGCCUAUCUAAGGAGAGAAGUAAUUGUGUGGGGAGACUGUGUGAAACUGCGCUACGGAUCAGGGCCAGAUGAUUCACGAUAUCUAUGGGAUCGCAUGUCAAAAUAUAUUGAGAUGACAGCCAAACUGUUUGAUGGCUUUCGUAUUGAUAAUUGUCACUCGACCCCCCUUCACGUCGGCGAAUAUUUUCUGGACCUUGCUCGCAAGCAUAAUCCCAAUCUUUAUGUUGUGGCGGAACUGUUCUCGGGAUCUGAGUCUAUGGAUUGUCUUUUUGUAGAAAGACUUGCCAUAUCGUCACUUAUUCGGGAAGCCAUGCAGGCCUGGUCCGAAGAAGAACUCUCGCGCCUAGUACACAGACACGGGGGUAGGCCAAUUGGAUCAUACAAGUUUCUCCCUCUCGAUGACUUUGCCUACCCAAUGAGUGAUGAACUAAGCGUUACUGAUUCGAAAGCGGAUGAUCAGACGCUAAAGCAUGCCUCUGAAAUUAGGAUCCCAAAAAUCCUUACUGCUGUACCACCCCACGCUUUAUUCAUGGACUGUACACAUGAUAAUGAAACGCCAUUUCAAAAGAGAACCGUUGAAGACGCACUCCCCAAUGCGGCUCUAGUAAGCCUUUGUGCAACAGCUAUUGGCUCGGUAUAUGGUUAUGAUGAAAUGUUUCCCUAUCUUUUGGAUGUUGUCGGCGAGUCGCGAACAUACGCAAUCAAAAUGGAUGAUGGUAUUUCUCCGGUUAAAAAGCGGCUAUAUGAAAUUCGUGAUUCUAUGGCAAGAGAAAACCCAGAUAUUGAGGACUCCGAAACGCACGUCCAUCAUGAGGGCCAGUACAUUACUCUUCAAAGAAGUAAUGCUCGCAGUGGUGCAGGCUGGUUUUUGAUUGCUAGAACGAAAUUCUGCGAAGGAGGCGAUCAAAAGUUACCCAAAGUUAUUCUUAGAGGCUCUCGCUGUGAACUGGAGAUGAGUUAUGCCCUUAAAAAGGUUGGUGAUGUGAUUGAAGAUAAGUGGACCAUCAAAGGUAUUCCAACUGAGCUUUGUGAAAUUUCCGGCUUUAGAAUUACCUAUGACGAGGCCAACGGUGAUUCAGAAAUUGAAAUUCCUCAAGAUUUUCCUCAAGGAUCAAUUGCAGUAUUUAGCACUCAACAGAACGGUAUGGAUCCGGGUCUCAGUCAUUUCUUCCGAACAGGGGCUCUCAAGGCCACUGAAAAACUCGAUCUGUACUCGUUAAACGCCGCUUUGUUCAGAUGUGAUGGUGAGGAAAAAGAUGUUAGCUCCGGCAAAUUUGGAACGUACAACAUCCCCAAAUAUGGUACUUUAACCUUUUGUGGCCUGCAAGGUUGGGUAACAGUAUUGAGAAAUGUUAUUUUCCUAAAUGAUCUAGCGCAUCCCAUUAGCGACCAUCUUAGAGAAGGCUAUUGGGCUUUGGAUUACUUGGUCAAUAGGUUAGAUUCUUACAAAGAAUAUCCAGGGAUUCAAGAACUUCAAGACUGGCUUGCCUCUCGUUUUGAAAAGAUUAAGCAAUUACCUUAUUACUUAGCUCCGAGCUUCUUUGCACUUGUGGUUGGCAUUGCCUAUGAAAGUUGUAGGUACCGCGCUUUGCAGCAAAUGUCUGAAAACGUCGGUAGUUCAACCAAAUUUGUGCAAAGCCUUGCUAUGACUUCCGUGCAAAUGGUUUCGGUGAUGUCUUCAACGUCACUUGUGCCUGAAAGUAACGUUCCGUGUAUGGCUGCAGGACUGCCCCAUUUCUCUUCAGAGUACAUGCGUUGUUGGGGUAGAGAUGUCUUUAUUGCAUUGCGUGGUUUAUUACUGGCAACGGGCAGAUACGAAGACGCUAAAAAGCAUAUUUUGGCUUUUGCGAGGACUUUGAAGCAUGGACUAAUCCCGAAUCUUUUGGAUGCUGGGCGUAACCCGAGAUACAAUGCUCGAGACGCGGCAUGGUUUUUUCUUCAAUCGAUACAAGAUUACGUUGAAAUUGUUCCAAAUGGUGAGGAAAUUCUCAAGGAGAAAGUAUCUCGUCGAUUCCCCCUGGACGACACCUAUGUUAGUGUUGAUGACCCAAGGGCUUUUGCAUAUGAGAGUACCAUUGAAGAAAUCAUUCAUGAAAUCUUCAAGAGGCAUGCAAAGGGUAUUAAGUACAGAGAGGCCAAUGCGGGGCCAAAUCUUGAUAGAGUUAUGAAAGACGAAGGGUUCAAUAUUGAGAUUUCCGUCGAUUGGGAAACAGGCUUUAUUCACGGUGGGUCCCAAUUAAACUGUGGUACCUGGAUGGACAAAAUGGGGGAGAGUGAAAUGGCCGGCUCAAGUGGUAUUCCUGGAACUCCCCGCGACGGGGCUGCCAUUGAAAUUAUUGGUCUGUUGAAAAGUGCGUUAAGAUUUGUAAUAAAAUUGCAAGGUCAAAAUCGUUUUGGGUUCACCGAACUCGAGAAGUCUGACGGCUUGAAGAUCACAUAUAAGGAAUGGGAAAGCCUUGUGCUAAAAAGCUUUGAAAAGAAAUUCUAUAUUCCCCAAAAUUCAGACGAUGACGAAUCCUUUGACGUUGAUCCUUCCAUUAUCAAUCGACGUGGGAUAUACAAAGAUCUUUUCAGAACCGGAAAACCUUAUGAGGACUAUCAACUGCGGCCAAACUUUGCAAUUGCAAUGACAGUGGCGCCAGAGCUUUUCACACCGGAGCUCGCACUGGGUGCCUUGAGAAUCGCGGAUGAGAAUAUCAGAGGCCCCAUUGGUAUGCGGACUUUAGAUCCUUCUGAUUACAAUUAUCGUCCAUACUAUCGAAACGGGGUGGACUCCACAGAUUUUGCGACUGCCAAAGGUCGCAAUUAUCAUCAGGGUCCAGAGUGGGUUUGGUGUUAUGGGUACUUUUUGCGUGCUUUCCACAUUUUCCAGUUCAAAGCCGAUGCUAAGGCUCGCACGCGGGAUGGAUCCCGACCAUCGACCUACUUAUAUCAACAAUUACACAACAGACUAGCAGGGCACAUAAGUUGGAUCGACAAGAGUCCUUGGGCUGGCUUGACGGAGUUGACGAAUAAAGACGGGGAGCUUUGCGACGAUUCGAGCCCAACUCAAGCGUGGAGUUCCGGUUGUUUGCUUGACUUGUUUUAUGACCUUUCGUCCUCGUACGAUAAUUAA